AUGCCUCCCAAGUUCGACCCCAAUGAGGUGAAGAUCAUUCACCUGCGUGUGACUGGUGGUGAGGUCGGCGCCCAGUCUGCGCUCGCCCCCAAGAUCGGUCCUCUGGGUCUGUCUCCCAAGAAGAUCGGUGAAGACAUUGCCAAGAACACUGGUGACUGGAAGGGUCUCCGUGUGACUGUCAAGCUCACCAUCCAGAACCGUCAGGCUGCUGUCUCUGUCGUUCCCUCCGCCUCUUCCCUGGUUAUCAAGGCUCUCAAGGAGCCUCCUCGUGACCGCAAGAAGGAGAAGAACAUCAAGCACUCCAAGUCCAUCCCCUUCGAUGACAUUGUUGAGAUCGCCCGCCAGAUGAAGCACCGCUCCAUGGCCAAGUCUCUCCAGGGUGUUGUCCUCGAGAUCCUCGGUACUGCUUUCUCCGUCGGCUGCCAGGUCGAUGGCCGCAGCCCCAAGGAUGUCUCUGACGAUGUCAAGGCUGGUGAGAUUGACGUUCCUGAGGAAUAA